CUCUCCACCAUUGUCCCCUUAUUUUUUCUUAAUCUCCAAAUUAUGGGAACCUUCAAGAAAAUUGGUCAAGGAGCUCUCCAAUUUAUGGGCCAUGCCAUCUCGAAAAUUGGUCAAAGUUUUCAGGGAAGAGAUGAGAAGAUUGACAAUGAAAUUAUAGAAAUAUGCUACGACAAGUAUUUUAGAUGGACGUCUGCUGAUUUUUACCAUGCAAUUUGCCAAACGGUCGAAGAAAUUAAUAGAAGGCAAGGGAGUACGCAAAUUAAGAUUCCAAGCACUACAACUCUAAUGGAAGUAUACAAAAAGUAUCACAAAGUGAAAGGAACAAAAUUGACAGAGGAUGAGUUUCGAAAAAUUCUUCGUGAACUAAUACAUGAAUCAGAAGUAAUUGGAUAUGGAGCCAAAGAUACAUUGUUUUAUCUAUUUGGAGUUCCUGUGACAGCAUUAUUCAUCAAGCAAAGAAUAAAGCCACAAGCAAUUUCAGAUGAGAUUUUCAUUCCUGCUGUUACUUCUGCUACUGUACUUGUUCUUGCCAAAUUCAAUAAGGUCUAAUAAUUCAAAACAAUUUCAUCAGUUUUACCGAUUCGAAUAUGUAUAACAAUCACUAAACUUCAGUCUCAAACAAGUUGAAGAACUGAUCCGUAUGUGU